AUGUACUCACAUCACUUGUGUUCCACUACAUUAAUAAUUUUCCUUUUUCAGUACCAUGAGGAGGUAGAUGUGGGCUUCGGUAACUCUCUACUCUGUUCUCUGUUUUUGUUGCUGUUUGUGGCAUCAGUGCAGGCGCUGGUGUUGCCACGCACUCUGCUCUUCCUUUUCUUGUUCCUGGCAGCAUUUGUUACAAUAUCUGUUAUGCUUAUUGUUCUUCUUGCAUCCAGGUUAAAAGUUACAACUUGGGACCCUGCAAGAAGAUUUGUGCUGCGGUUAAUUUUGACCAUUGUAGCAGUCACAGUUAUAUAUAUCAUGGCUCAAGUUAACUCGUUUACAUGUGAGUUACCGCAAGUGCCAUGCAAAGCCAACGUAACUAAUUUAACUUCACGACGUCCAGGACCACAAGAAUUUGUUCGCAAUUUAUGGUGCCCACUGCCAGAAUAUAUUCCACUUUCUUGUGUUGUUGGGUUUAUGGCCACAGCAGUGUUUCUUCGACUGCCCGUGCUUGUCAAGACACUACUGCUUGUAUCUAUGGCAGUAGUGUAUUCUUUAUUGAUCUUCAUCACCCAUCUGCCUCUUUUCACCUGUUAUGAUACACGUGUUGGGGCAGUGGUUCCAACAGAAGUUUUAGGAGUAGUUUACAUCUUACUGUUUUUAUUAGCAGUGAUAGCUCAUGGGAGACAAGUGGAAUGGACAGCCCGACUGGAUUUUCUAUGGCAGUGCCAGGCAUCAGAAGAAAAGCAAGAAAUGGAUGCAUUACAAGAAAGCAACCGUCGAAUCCUCUUCAACUUGCUUCCAGCCCAUGUUGCUACCCAUUUUUUGGAUAAUCAGUUUAGAAACAACAUGGAUUUAUAUCAUCAAAGUUAUAGUCGUGUAGGUGUGGUGUUCGCCUCCAUACCAAACUUUCAUGAAUUUUACAUGGAGUUAGCUGUAAAUAACCAAGGCACUGAGUGCCUUAGACUCCUCAAUGAAAUUAUUGCUGACUUUGAUGAGCUGCUGGAUGAUGAGCGAUUUAAGGCUGUGGAUAAGAUUAAAACAGUUGGAUCGACUUUUAUGGCAGCAGUUGGACUUAUGCCGGAUAUGAGGAUAUUGGACCACAAGGAAGACUCGGCAAGUCACUACAUGUCGGUGCUCGCUGAACUUGUUUUUGCAUUCAGAGAAAAGCUGGCAAACAUUAAUGAAAAUUCUUACAACAAUUUUACACUGAGAGUAGGCAUGAAUAUUGGCCCAGUUGUUGCAGGAGUUAUUGGUGCAAAAAAGCCCCAGUAUGAUAUAUGGGGUAAUACUGUUAAUGUUGCUAGUCGCAUGGACUCCACAGGUCUCCCAAAUCAUACUCAGGUAACAGAAGAGGUAUACCAGGUUCUUAAGAAUCGACCCUAUCAUUUUCAAUGCCGAGGAAAAGUCAAAGUUAAAGGCAAGGGAGAAAUGACCACGUACUUCUUAAUUGAUCGUAAAGAACCCCCUACGAUGAAGGCGGAGGAUGGGUCGCGGCCGCCUAAGGUACCUCCGCAUCUCCAGAGCUAUGGAGGACUGUUUGGAGGAGUAGCAACACCGCUGGCUAUGGUGCCUCCCAAGGUACCACCUCAUGGACGUAGUCUUUCUCAAGGUCUCACGGGACAUGGAGGACACGGACAGCCUGGAGGGACACCACGGUCGCGUCGCAACCGCGAUUCUUUCUGUGAUGACGUUCAGGCAAUGAACAUGAAUGUCAACCAGUGUGGACCUAAGAUGGGAGGACGACAGCCAGGAGAUUGUCAGAGGUGUGAAGAGGAACCGUUGCUCACCAGAGCUCCUCCAGCACCGCUAAAUGCACAUGUUUUGCCACCUAGAUUCUCAGUAGCGCAGUUGCGUGCUAGUAAUAAAUCUCAAACACCAACCCGUGCAGCCAUGCAGCAAAUGAAACCACAAAGUUCUGUUACAACACCCAAGACAUAUUCACAGUCCCGUCCUCGUACAUACCGCCCAGAUGAAUACAAUCUUCCACAAAAUUCUUAUGUUCCAACCUGGGCCCGCUCACAGAGUGGUGGUCAAGGAGGGCAACAGGGAAGUGGUGGUGGGAAAAAGUCUUCUGGGCGUAGUCGUACAUCUCCAAGGAAAGAAAGUGAUGAUGGUCAUUUACGAUCCAUUGAUGCUAAUAGGGGUGCUCUUAGUGGUGGACUUAUUUUACCACCAAUGCCUCGCCAUCACCAUGUUGAGGAAGCUGGAGUCCGUCAUAAGUUACGUUCCUUUGCUAGGCACUAUAGUGAUGACAGUUUGCAUGGCUCAUCUCACAGAGACCUUCAUUCUACUCGCAUCCAUUCUUCAGCUGAUGAGAUUAGUUCUCUGAAUCGCUCACCAAGCCUAAGCUCUUCUGAUGAAAGUUUCUCACGUACUGAUUUUUCUCGUACAGAUGCUGAUUCACCCUCACCCCAACAUGCACCCUCCCUAAGUGAUGAACGUUUCAAAUACAUGUUUAGUGGUAUGAAUCUUGAAGGAGCAAUGGCACCAGGUUUUAGGGAGCUUUCUCCACAGAUAUACUCAGAUUAUUUAUCAAGUGUAAAAGCAUCAAGUGACGAAAGCUCUCUAAGAUUAAACAGUCUUUCACGUGAUUCUACAACCUAUUCCUACCCCAAUGUACCUGGACUAUGGAGAGAAACUGACAUAGCUAGUCCUACUCAAGAUGAAAGAAUGCGAAGAGAUGAUUUAGUGAUACCAAAGUUAACUGCCGAGUUCUCCAGUGACAAGAUGAAGCGUAGUAAGCACAGUGAUAAAGUGGAAGUGGAAGUACCAUCCCAUGUUGAUAAUUGUGUAAGUCACAGUGCUUCUCCAUCUAGUGAGAAGGUAAGACUAGGGUGUAGACUAAGUUAUGUUGAUUGUGAAUUAAAUUCUCCCUCAAGAACUAGUGCAUCUGGUAGCACAAGUCGUAUGCGUAGUUUGGAAAAAAGUCCUCGGGAAAGUACAGCUAUGACCCCAGACAGUGUUAUAAUGAUUCCUAAAAAGCGGUCUCUUUCAAGAGAAGAAGGAAUGAAGAUGAGCAACCACAUGGUAGUAGAGCAAGAUCUAUCUCGAAAACGAAGUUCAGAGCGCCAGAAAAGAGAUGGAGAAUGCCAAACAGAUCCUAGAAGCCACCAUCAUAAGAAUAGUGGAGGUGGGAAUAAGAUUGGUGACAAGAACAAGACGGAGAGGAAAUUAGAAAAAUCAGCAACAUUUGAGGGCAUACCAGAAGACCCAAAGUCAACACACCCUAACAGUGAAGGAGGAAGAUUGGAGUCACACUCUAUUGAACCACAAGCCCUCAACCACCUCACAUCUGAGCCAGUGAGCCUUGACCCAGUAAUGCUUGGCCUCCAUUUUGACCCUUGUGUUAAUCAGACUGUGCUGCAGCUCACCUCUGCUUCUGUAGAUGGGGAAAUACCACCCCACCUACCGGCCAAAUCUCAGCCGGCAAAGCGUUCUCUGGCUGACCCAUUGCCGCUAGACCACAGAGCUAAGGCUUCACGUGGCCCUCUAGGCCACAAGUUUCCUCUGGAGAUUCCAGCCUCAGAGAAACUUGCUCCACACCAGUGUGUGCGGAGAUAUGCUGGCUCCAGAAUCGCAGCUGGGUGUGGCCACAGUGAAUAUGAAAACAUGGAAUCAGAUGCCCCAGAUGGAUCUACAGAUGAUGAACGAUUAAACAGUGUUCGAGGAGAAAAUAAUGAAAUAACAGCUGCAGCCCUCAGUGAUAAUAGAGCUGAGGGGAGAAGGGAUGGUCAUAUGCAGAGUCAGAGUAUUGGCAGAUCAAACCAAAGAGCCAUUGGCCAUCCAACUGAUGAUGAAGAUGAUGUGAGAUCCUUUGAGGAAGAGGAACGCAGAAUGGCCCAGGAGCUGAAUGCAGCUGAUGCAGAGAGGGCAGAAAAACCUUCAAUUACACCAUUACCAGGUGGUGGUGGUGAUGGUGGAGAAACAAGCCAGUCAGAGUGGAGUGAGGAUGAUGAUGGAGCAGCAUCUGAACCAUUACUCGAUCAGGAAAGUACUGGAUACACCACAGAUGACCCAGCACUGGAGCAAGUGUCCAUGAUGAAUGAUGCUGGACUUACUGAUGCUGAGGGUGCCUUGAGUGAUGUGAAUUCCAUAUAUAACGACCCUCAUCAGUAUGAUGGUGAUAUGGAUGACACCAGUAUGUCUUCUCGUGCUUCUUCCAGAAUAUUUGAUUCCGAUGCAAUCAUUUCAUUUGAUCAGAUUAAUGCAUAUUAUGAGUCAGAGUAUGAUAACUAUCGUCCAAGUGCAAUAGCCUCGGAUGGCUUUGAUACAGAACCAUUAUCUGAUGUGGAUUUGGAUGGUAUUGACGGAAUUAAUUUACAAAAUAUUAGAUCAAUGUCAGAAAGUAUUACAAGAAACUUUGGACAGCCAAGAAGUGAGACUGAUGUGGACAGUGAUGUAUGAUAUUGGGUUAAGUCUUUAAUGGAAGACUAUUGUAUCGAAACUACAGUAUAAAUACAUGAAUGUGGGUUUGUUCAUAAGCUCAUUAAUGGUUUAUGACUUAUAAAUAAUCAAGAACUAAAUCUGCUGUACAGAUGUGCCCAGUCCAAGGCACAAGCAUGGAGUGGCACAUUUGUUUGUACUAUUUCUGUGGCAGUUGAUCUACAGAUAUAUAGUAAGGUGUAACAUUACAUGUUUCACAUAUGCAUAUGAAAAUCUUGAACAUGUGCAUAAAUUAAUGCACAAUUGUUUAAAAAAUUUAAUGUCUUUGUAGCAAAACCGGGUUGUUAAACCUACAAUUGAUGUGGGUGCUCUGUAGGGUUUAUAAUACUGUGGUAUUUAUUGUGUUGAGGAAAUGCAAUGGAUUCAUACAUUAGUAGGUAAAAUUACUAAAUUAGUUAAGUGUUACCAAUUCAACUGGGGAAUGUAUUAUAUGUUUAAUGUUUCAGGUUAUAUUAGUGUGCCAGUCAGAGCCUGAGGUUGUUAGAAUGUACAUUAUUUUGUGAAAACAUAAAUGUAUUAGAUGCCUGUAAGCUUCAGUUUAAUAGAGGGGUAAUAUGAUAUUAAUAUUUGUUAUAUGUAAUGAUGUCAUUUAUAAAUUACAAUGAUGAAUAUUUUGAGAGGCAAUCAAAUGUUACCGCAGUGACUGUGUUGAAGUGGCCUACACCACCACCAACCUGCCCUCACCCUUGCCACACAGCCUUGCCUAUAAUUCUAUAGUGAAUUGACUUAUAUAGAUAUUAUUUUUCAGUUUUUUGUGUCAACCAAAAAUAUUAAUGCUAGUGGAAUCUCUACUCUCUGUAUAUGUUCAUUCUUUGCCUUCUGUGGAUAACUGAUUUUGGCUUAAAACUGAGGUAUCCACCACCUAAUCAAGACUCAUGUGGAAAAAUAAAUGAUUAUAAUAAAAUACACUUGUAUACAAGACAAAAAUAAUGGGUAAUCCUUCCAUGUUACCUUGUAUAUUGAUAGUGAUGAGAAUAUUCAGUUUGAGAAGGUGGGUGCUUGAGAAAAAAUUAUUUAUAUUUUAUUCAUUGGGAAGUACUAAAUCCAUAAGGGUAUUCAGAGCCUAUGGAUGGGAGAUUAGGGUGGGGGAGGAAGGAGAGUAAUUAAAUUUGUUACAAGGAAGAAAAAAGAAUCUUAUCUUCCUUGAAUUAAAAGUCUUUUACCAGAAUCAAGGCACUCCCUUUUAAGGGGAUCAAGGAAGAUGCAAGUAGGAAAGGGAGGACAUUGAACUCUUCUUAAUGAUGCCAUUCACACUUUGAUUCCCAAAUGCAUUAGUUUUAAUUUUUUCCAAAGUACAUGACCAUUAUGAAAAAUUUACGUAGGUGGAGGUAGAAAAAAAAAAGGAUGAAAAUGAGUGAGGUGAGGAAAGAUGGAGGGGAUGAUACACUAAAGGCAAGAGAAUAAUAAAAGUGGGGAUGUCCACAGUUAUAGCUACAAAUAACAUGGAUGUGUGAGUGCUGGUUGCAUUACUAGGAGCAUAGGUCUCAAACUGAGGGAGUGCAAUUUGUUAAUCAGUCAUGAGAAUUGCUUUCUUGAACCCAAGUGAUUUUGAGCAAUGCUUGAGCUUUCCAUUUUAUUUCAUUGUGAAUAAUGUGCACAUUCAUGAUCUACUGAAUGGUAAAACAUAGAUAAGAUCCAUGCUUAUCACAACAGGACUGAUGAAAAAUAAAUGUAACUUAUUUGAGGUGGUGAUACAAGUAGCACCAAGGCUGUGGCAGGUGGAAAUCCACUCAGUGUGUGCAUGUCUCUUAAGAUGAGCAGUGAUGCCAUUAUGAUAUACAAAACAUCAGACUCAUGAAUAUUAAGCCCCAGACAGUUUUUUUAGUUCUUCAUUGCUAGUGAAAGCAUAAAUAUUGUUCUUGUAAAAAGAGGGAAAAAAUGAAAAUGUAUUGAGUAUAUAUUGAUUUUAGGGCCUCUGCUACUAUUGCCAAUACACACAUUCAUUCUUGCCUGCCUGCAAUGCAAAUGAUACUUUUCAACAAAACUGUUUGGAUAUUUGAGGUUAGUUAAAAUUAAAAUAAAAGUGGCAGAUGGUAAAGAUUCCACUUCAUUAUUCUUAUUACUUUAAGUAUAGUUAUCAAAGAGGUUUAGUAAAUCUUAUUUGAAGUACAGUGCUGAAUCUUUGUUUCCUUUAUGAUUUAUCAUAAGGAUUUUACUAGGAGGCUAUGCUAAAUUUUUGUUUAAUUUGCUUUUAAUUUACACUACAUGUGUAUAAAUCAUUUUGGUGAUAAUAAUUCUAGGUUUUUAUAGUAUGAAAGAUUAUUGUAUAUAUUACUGCAAAGAAGUUUUAGGACAGUAUUAGACAUUGUGAACUGGUUAAGAAAAUAGUAAGGUUGUUAACUCUUUGAACUUUGAAUGAAUAUAGUUACACAAGAAAUUUCCUUGUUUGACUAGUUAAGAUGACAGCAAAAACUUACAAGAGUAGUAAUCCACAGUCAGGGUAGUGUUUGCUAUGCUGACAUGAUUCAUAUAAUAGUUGUUCCAAUCUGUUGUUAAAGUGAACACACAGCUAUUGGAUGUUCAGUGGUUAUUACAGUCAAAUGUCUCCAAUCCAGCAAGCAUAGGAUCAAGUAGAUAAUUUACAAAAGAUUUUUCUGGUCUACAUGCGUAAUAUAGUCAAGAAAACCUGCUGGUAAAUAACUAUUAAUGCAUACCUCAGUACUCCAAAUGAAAAUUAACUAUAGAAUCUUUUUGUAUAAAUAAAUGUAUGUACAAUA